AUGGUUACAGAAAAGGAACUUUUAGACUCAUACCCUCAGAUUUCAGCUCCUACGGAGUUAACUGGCUAUACUUCAAACUUGACUGACGAACAAAAGUCGAUAUUAAAGCAAUUUCGCGAGCAAUUAGAAGCCGAUGGCUACAAAGAUAGACUUGAUGAUGCAUCGUUGUUGAGGUUUUUGAGAGCAAGAAGAUUUGACUUAGAGAAGGCCAAGGUAAUGUUUACCAAUUGUGAGAAAUGGAGGGAGGACUUUGGAACUAACAAUAUUCUACAAGACUUCCACUAUGACGAAAAGCCCCUUGUUGCCAAAUUGUAUCCUCAGUAUUAUCACGAGACAGAUAACGACGGGAGACCUGUCUAUUACGAAGAAUUGGGUGCCGUGAACUUGUCCCAGAUGUUGAAGAUCACCACCCAAGAAAGAAUGUUGAAAAAUCUUGUUUGGGAAUACGAAGCCUUCACUAGAAAUAGGUUACCUGCAUGCUCCCGAAAAAUAGGAUAUUUGGUUGAAACAUCUUGUACUAUCAUGGACUUAAAAGGAAUUUCUUUAUCAUCCGCUUAUCAAGUUACAACAUAUGUGAGAGAAGCUUCCCGUAUUGGACAGGAUUAUUAUCCGGAGAGAAUGGGUAAAUUUUACUGUAUCAAUGCACCAUUUGGUUUUUCUACCGUUUUCAAGUUAUUUAAACCGUUCCUCGACCCUGUAACUGUAUCAAAAAUUCAUAUCUUGGGGUCAUCUUAUCAAAAGGAUUUGUUAAAACAGAUUCCAGCGGAAAAUUUACCUAAAAAAUAUGGAGGCAAAUCAAAUGUUACUGAUCAAGAGUUGUAUUUGAAUGAUUAUGGCCCUUGGAGAGAUCCAAAAUACAUAGGUCCUGAGGGUGAAGCUCCUAGGGUAUUUUCGCUUUCUUGA